GUUAGAAACCCUAGACCCUCCAUUAGAUUCUUUCUCGGGGUGGCCUUCGCAGAACACACUAAAUUUUUAUCGGCGACGCCAGCAGCCGCAGCAAUGGUGAAGUACUCGAAGGAACCAGAAAACCCCACCAAAUCUUGCAAGGCCAGGGGAUCUGAUCUCAGGUGCCAUUUCAAGAACACUCGUGAAACAGCACAUGCUAUCCGAAAGCUGCCUUUGUUGAAGGCGAAGAGAUACUUGGAGGAUGUUUUGGUCCAUAAACAAGCGAUUCCAUUCACUCGUUUUUGCCGUGGAGUUGGACGAACUGCACAAGCCAAGAAUCGUCAUUCCAAUGGACAAGGACGUUGGCCUGCUAAAUCUGCAAAGUUCAUUCUCGAUCUUCUAAAGAACGCCGAGAGUAAUGCAGAGGUGAAAGGAUUGGAUGUCGAUGCUCUUCACAUCUCCCAUAUCCAGGUCAACCAAGCCCAAAAACAGAGGCGUCGGACAUACCGUGCUCAUGGAAGAAUCAACCCUUACAUGUCUUCUCCUUGCCAUAUUGAAUUGACCUUGUCUGAGAAAGAGGAGCCUGUUAAAAAGGAGCCUGAGACUCAGUUGGCACCUAGAACCAAGAAGAACCAAGCUUAA